AUGGUCAAGAAAGUAGUUGACUCUCGUGUGCACACACUUAUCAAGAACUGUGUCCAAACCAAGCACAGAUCCUUUUUUGUUGUUGUCGGUGACAAGGGAAAAGAUCAGAUUGUCAAUCUUCACUGGCUUUUGUCUCAAGCUCAAGUUACUUCUCGUCCAUCUGUUUUAUGGUGUUAUAAGAAAGAACUUGGUUUCACUAGUCAUCGCAAGAAGCGUGAAAACAAGAUCAAGAACGACAUCAAGCGUGGUAUCAGAGAUGUCAACAAGGAAGAUCCUUUCGAGCUCUUCAUCACUGUCACCAACAUUCGCUAUGCCUACUACAAGGAAACUCAAAACAUCCUUGGUAAUACUUAUGGCAUGUGUGUUCUUCAGGAUUUCGAGGCUAUCACACCCAACACUUUAGCUCGUACGAUUGAAACUGUGGAAGGUGGAGGUAUGGUUGUUCUCUUAUUGAAGAGUAUGAACUCUCUUAAGCAACUCUAUACCAUGACUAUGGACGUCCACUCGAGAUACAGAACUGAAGCUCAUAGCGACAUCAUUGCUCGAUUCAACGAACGCUUUAUCUUAUCACUUGGAUCUUGCGAAACCUGUCUUGUUGUCGAUGAUGAAUUGAACGUUUUGCCCAUCAGUGCUGGUAAAAAUGUCAAACCUUUAGCCAUCAAGCAAUCCGACGAGAAAUCAGCUGAAGAGAUUGAACUUGCCGAGUUGAAGGAAUCAUUAGUCGAUACAGAACCAGUUGGGUCUCUUGUCAAGUGCACACGUACCAUUGAUCAAGCCAAGGCUGUGUUGACCUUUAUUGAAGCUAUUUCCGAAAAGUCGUUGCGUAGUACUGUCACUCUCACAGCCUCUCGUGGUCGUGGUAAGUCUGCUGCAUUGGGUAUCGCCAUGGCCUCUGCCGUUGCCUAUGGUUACUCCAACAUCUUUGUCACUUCGCCCAGCCCCGAGAAUUUAAAGACCUUGUUUGAAUUUGUAUUCAAGACAUUUGAUGCACUUGGCUAUGAGGAACAUUUGGAUUACGAUAUUGUCCAAUCCACCAACCCUGAAUUCAACAAGGCAAUUGUGCGUGUCAACAUCUUCAAGCAACAUCGUCAAACUAUUCAGUACAUUCAACCUCAAGAUGCUCAUGUGCUUGGCCAAGCUGAAUUGUUGGUCAUUGAUGAAGCUGCUGCUAUUCCUUUGCCUUUGGUGCGCAAGCUGUUGGGUCCUUAUUUGGUCUUUAUGGCUUCUACUAUUAACGGUUAUGAAGGCACUGGUCGCUCUCUGUCUCUCAAAUUGAUUCAACAGCUGCGUGAACAAUCGCGUGGAUUUGUGGGUAAGAAGGAGGAUGAUGCUGAAGGCAUUGUGGUGGGUCGUGAUCUUCAAGCCAAGAAGGUGGAGGGUGCUGAUGCUUCUUUGGGUGGUCGCACACUGAAGGAGGUCAAACUGGAAGAGCCCAUUCGUUAUGCCCCUAACGAUCCUGUUGAAAAGUGGUUGAACAAGAUGCUUUGCUUGGAUGCCACUGUCGUUUCCAAGAAUAUCCAAGGCUGCCCUCAUCCCUCCGAGUGUGAGCUGUACUAUGUCAACCGUGAUACGCUCUUUUCUUACCACCCUGUGUCUGAGACCUUUUUGCAACGUAUGAUGUCUCUCUACGUUGCUAGUCAUUACAAGAACUCGCCAAACGAUCUUCAAUUGAUGAGUGAUGCCCCUGCACACCAUUUGUUUGUCUUGCUGCCUCCUGUCGGUGCCAACACGACUAGUUUACCUGAUCCUUUGGUCGUAGUGCAAGUGUGUCUUGAAGGUGAGAUCUCUCGUCAAAGUGUCAUCAACUCGCUCUCUCGUGGCCAACGUCCCUCUGGUGAUAUGAUCCCCUGGCUCAUCUCUCAACAAUACCAAGACGAUGAUUUCGCUAGUCUUUCUGGUGCCCGUAUUGUCCGUAUUGCCACACAUCCCGACUAUGCCAAGAUGGGUUAUGGUUCCAGAGCACUCGAACUCUUGAACGAUUUCUACCAAGGCAAGGCCAAUGAUUUGAACGAAAGCAAUAGCCCUGAUGAUGAUUCUCUUCCUCGUGUUGAAGACUAUGAAUUUGACAAUGUGGACAUCAAGACAGAUCAAGUCAAGGUGCGUGAUCCUCGCAAGAUGCCUCCUUUGCUCACCAAACUGAGUGAAAAGCGUGCUCAACGUCUUGAUUACCUCGGUGUCUCCUAUGGUCUCACUCCCUCUCUUCACAAGUUUUGGAAGCGUGCUGGCUUCGUGCCCCUUUACAUGCGUCAAACAGCCAACGACCUCACUGGCGAGCAUACCUGUGUUAUGAUCAAGGCCUUGACUGACACUGAAGAUUCGCGUGUGGCCAACUCUGCAUGGCUCGAUGCCUUUGCCCGUGAUUUCUCCAAGCGUUUCCUCAACCUCUUGUCUUACAACUUCCGUGAAUUCACAGCCGUCAAUGCGCUCAGUAUCAUUGAUGCAGCCAAGCAAGGUCAAGAUAGCCAAACGGAAGGCGGCCGUGAUCUCAACAAGAACUCGCUCGGUCUUUUCUUUACGCCUUACGAUUUGAAGCGUCUAGAUUCUUACUCCAACAACAUGCUGGAUUACCAUGUCAUUAUUGAUAUGAUCCCUACGAUCGCCGAACUCUAUUUUAGAGGAGAAAUGCCUGCUGACAUCAAGCUUUCUGGUGUGCAAAGCGCUAUUUUGCUCGGUAUUGGUCUUCAACGUAAAUCCAUUGAUCAGCUUCAAAGCGAGCUGUCUUUGGCCAGCAACCAAGUGCUUGCCCUGUUUGUUAAGAUUAUCAGAAAAAUGUCACAGUACUUUGCCAAGGUGGAAGCCAAGGCUUACGAAGAGACAGUGCCUGCUCUCAAGGCUAGCAAUAAGAAGGCAGAUGGUAACAAGCGUGAUGCUGCAGAUGAUGAAGCAUGGAAACCAUUGAAAGAAGAGCUCGAGGCUGAUUUAGAGAAAGCCGGAGACGAAGUGAUGGACGAACUCAAAUCCAAGCAGAGAGAAUUGAUUGAUUCCCUUGAUUUAACAAAAUACGCUAUUGGCGGUAAAGACGAGGAUUGGGCCUCUGCUGAAGACCGUGUCAAGGCCAUUGCUUCUGGAAAGAAGGGUGCGUUGAGCUCUGUUGUCAGCGUCAAGAACGAAAACUCAUCCAAAAAGAGAAAGGCAGAGAGCGCAAAGCAAAUGUCUGAAAAGGAGAGAAACCGCAAUACUGGCAAGGUCAAGUUGUCCAAGAAGGCAAAACGCUCAUAG